AUGGCGGACUCGACCAUCAAGUUGCCUGCUACGCCUCCACAAUGCCGCCCAGGUAUUCUACGACUGAUGCUGGUGGGGAGCGUGCUCUACACUCUCGUCAUGUUACUGUGGGUCGCCAGCAGCGUCCACGACAUCUCGUCCACCUCCGAGAGUCUCCCCUUGUCGAUUGUACGCCUCUUCACCAAUGGACAACACACUCCCACACCGGAGGAAUUAGAAGCGCAGGCUCAUGCACUAACCGUCAAAACUCUACCAGAUGGGGCGACGGUUGAACGUCAAUUCAAGUGCAUUGGUUGGAGAGCCACGACCGAUUGCAGCGCGGAUGGAGCGCGCGACUUGGCUAACGAUAAACCAUGCAACCGACGUGUGGGGGAUGGGGCUUCAGGCUACUGUGAGAUCGAAGACGUCGAGUCAGGCGAAAGGUUCCGCGUCAUGCAACGCGGGUGUAGUACUGUCAAGAAAGGAGCCAAGUUUUCCUGCUCGAAUGCACCGGAUUUCGUGAAUUUUCAUGCAAAAGGGCGGAAAGUCGUGGAGAAGGCCAUUGCACCGGGGUAUCAUCUGCCUAAUGUUAUGGAGAGCGAGAAGCCGAAAGCGGGUAUCGUUUUGGUGGUGUAUCCGACUCUGCUGGCGAAGCCAUUAAAAGGGCUAGCAAAGAAAGAAGCAGAGCGUGGGAUUACGUUUCGAGAGAUUACAGACCGACGAGCGUUUCGCUUUGCGGCAAAAGUGUAUGCUGUGUACAACAGUGCGUUUGAUCAGGUGCUGUUCCUCGACGCUGACAAUGUCCCGGUCCGUGACCCGACGUUUUUGUUUGAAUCGGAGGAGUUUGUCAGGACGGGUUCAGUCUUCUGGCCGGAUUUCUGGCACCCGCAGUAUACAAUUUUCCACAUCAUGGCAGACUCGUUGUUGUGGCAACUUUUGGACAUGAAAUAUGUCAACAUGUUCGAGCAAGAAAGUGGCCAAUUGCUAAUUGAUCGCCGUCGCCACACGGCUACUAUGGAACUUGUAAAUUUCUUCACGUUCCACACGCCAAAUCAUUUUGACCAGCUUAAGCUCGUAUAUGGCGACAAAGACCUCUUCCGGUACGCGUGGAUCAAGUUGAAUGUGCCGUUCUACAUGGUUCAGACCCCUCCCGCUGUCGCCGGCAAGGUUGUCAACGAGUCUUUUUGCGCGGGAAGAAAUCAACUACGAGGUUGA